UCUUGACGCGCGGCGGCGUUAGUUGGCUAUUCUUGACGCGCGGCGGCGUUAUUUGGCUCGGCGCGCAGCGAACGGCGUCCGACGCAAAAAGCCAGUGAACUUCUACGCAACCGCUUGGCGGCGCGUUUCUUCGCAGCUGCGCACCGCGGGGGCUCAACGGCUUGCUGUGAGCCAACGCUUGCUCCGCCCUGGGGCCUGUAGCGGCCACACAGAGUCGCAACUGCUUUGUGGGCUUGCUAGUGUCUUACGCACGCUAGCUCACGUGGGAUGCCUUUCUGCCAUCGAAUACGUCACAGCACGUUCGCGCGGAAGCCUAGGGGCAAGAGUCUCCCCGUUUUGUUUGCGCAAAACCCGGGUCCUGGGUCCAGCUUAAGCUAGCUUAAGCUUGGAGCAGUGUGCAUGCCAGCGCGUGCCUCAGCGCUCGACCGCUCGCAAAGCAUCGCAAGGCACUGCCACUUCAAGGCACAGUAACGCUCUGCUGCGAACGCCAGCAGCGCUGCACGCAAAACUAACCUUUUGGGGCUGUGAAGCACAGCUGGUCCAGCCAAGCGCUCAGCACCAUGGUCGUCUUCGCCCAAGCACUCCUCAUAGCUAGGAGCGCGGUGCCCAGGGCCAAGCACACCCUCAGAGCUGCCAGUUCAGGCCGCCAACUCUGCGCCGAUGCAGCCACGGCAGAGAGCCUAGCCGUGCUCGGCGUCUUGCCGAUGAACGGCGCCGCGCCCUACGUCGCCGGCGGCCGCUGGCGCUCGACACCGAACACCUUCGCCGUCACCGACCCCGCCACCGACGAUGUAUUAGCACAAGUGGCGGACUGCGGCCCGCAAGAAGCGGAGGCCGCGAUCCAGGACGCGCAAAACGCGUUUGAAAGCUGGGCUAGGACUCCCGCGCGCACACGCUCCGACGCCCUUAGAGCUUGGCACGACGCGAUCCUCGCCCACGCCGAGCCGCUCGCGACGGUGGCGACGGCCGAGUGCGGCAAGCCGCUGGCCGAGGCGCGGGCCGAGGUCGCUUAUGCUGCUUCGUUCGUGGAGUGGUUCGCGGAAGAAGCUCCGCGCGUCGCCGGCGAGGUGAAAUCGAACGUCGCGCAAGACCGGCGCUUACUGACGGUGCGGCAGCCCGUCGGCGUGGCGGCGGCGAUCACGCCCUGGAACUUUCCGCUCGCGAUGAUCACGCGCAAGGUGGCCCCAGCUAUUGCCGCGGGCUGUCCUGUCGUCGUCAAGCCCUCGGAAUACACGCCGCUGACGGCUCUCGCAUUGGCGCGGCUGGCGGACGGUCUGCUACCACCCGGCGUGCUCAACGUGAUCCCCGCUAGUCGUCAAAAUGCUCAACCGGUCGGCGAGGUGCUCUGCGACUCGGACGUUGUGCGAGCCCUGAGCUUCACGGGCUCGACGGCCGUGGGCAAGUGGUUAUAUUCAAGAUGCGCUUCUACGGUAAAAAAGCUCGGGCUGGAGCUCGGCGGCAACGCUCCGAUGAUCGUGCUGAAGAGUGCGGAUCUUGAUACAGCGGUCCGGGCCGCGAUGGCGUCGAAGUAUCGGUAUGGUGGGCAGACCUGCGUCUGUGCGGACCGGUUCUUGGUGCACGAAGCCGUCGUCGACGCGUUCGUCGAGCGAUUGGCAGCAGAGGCGUCGGCGCUCAAGCUGGGCCACGGCCUCGACGCGGGGACGGGAAUCGGGCCCCUGAUCGACGAGGCGGCGACGUUCAAGUGUCAGGAGCGCGUCAAGGGUGCGGUGCGCGCCGGCGGCCGGGUGGUCUGCGGCGGAAAUAAACCGCCCGGACCGGGCUCGUUCUUCGAGCCGACGGUCGUCCGCGACGUCGCCAUCGACAGCGAGCUCUGGCAGCUCGAGACCUUCGGGCCGGUCGCCGGCGUCGCUGCCUUCUCCGACGACGCCGAGGCGGUCCGGCUCGCGAACGAGGGGCCCGCAGGCCUCGCGGCCUACGUAUGCGGCGAGCUGGGCCACGCCUGGGCCGUGGCCGAGCGCCUGGACUUUGGCAUCGUAUCGGCGGCAGCGUCAGAAUGAAUUAGUUUGCCAUCGACGCGACCGGGCGCAGACCGGUCGACGUCCGCGCAGGUCGGCGUCAACGAGGGGGCCGUGAGCCACGCGGCCAUGCCCUUCGGCGGCACGAAGGAGUCGGGCCUCGGCCGCGAGGGCGGCAACCACGGCAUCGACGAGUACCUCGAGGACAAGUACCUGUGCCUCGGCGGCCUAGACAUGUAGGAAGCAAUAUGACUGUGAUUAUUAGAUUCUCUGGAAUUUGCGUCG